AUGGAUGCGCAGAAUGCCGCCGAGAUCGACCAAGCGAGGCCCUCGGCUCCUUCCCCUCAGCGGCGCCGGGGCUCCCAGGUCGACCCCAAAAACGCAUCCUCGCUAGAUCCAAAACCCGGCAACACUCUCGCAGAAGCCAAGUCGAAAUCUAGCGUUGCUCCCGCGUCGAUUUCUCGAGCUGACGAGGGCGCCGAUGACCGCGACUCCGACGCUGAGACCAUUGUGCUUCCCGGCAAGGACGGCCACUCACCAUCGAAAGUCCGCAAAGUGAGGCAAGAAGACAAGAGCGAGAGCGACGGCGAUGCAUCCAAACCGAAAACCAGCGCCAAGGCCUUCAAGGCCGACGCUGAUGCUAUCAGCGCUCGUGCGGUGGACGCCCCUAGGAGGAAGCGCCUCUCUAGCUCUGCAGGCUCGAGGCUGGCCGAGAAAGACAGCCAUUCUCGCAGUAAGGAUGGCGGCAACUCUAGUGGACUGAGCUCUGCACCGAACUCGCCAACUCAAACACACCGACGUUUGCAGCACCGCCGCCAACGGUCGCGUUCCGACGCAGCUCCUGUUUCCGAUUCCGACUCUGACGAAUACACCAACAAGCCAACAAAAUCAACCCUCAGAGACAAGGCUAGAUCUGGCGACAGAUUGGUCUCACAAAAACGCAAGGCUCCCAAAGUCGAAUCUGACGACGAGGCUGAUGGGCGCAAGGCUAGGCGCCAGCGCACCACCUCAGUCAGCGUCGACGCAGGCCGCAAUUCCCGAGACGCUCGAGUCUCUUCACGAUCUCAACGUGAUGCGAGAACACAGUCACGCUCGCCCCCUCCCCGACAUCACCGCCGAAGCACCUCCACCCAACUACCCACGUCAAACGGCCUCAGCCAGAAGAAGAAGCGAUUGCCACCCCCGCUACAAUCUACGGAGUACCACUCCGAUGAUUCCUCCGCCAGUGGAAGUCCUCACCCCCGCAGCACCAAGCUGCGGAGCCUUGUCACCCCCUCCAAUUCAGAAUCUCACAUGUCUCCUGCCAAAGUUGGACCCCACAAGAAGCAUUUGGAUGCGCACGGCCAGACGCUGCUCGCUCGCGCUUGCGCUAGGGGUGAAUACGAUGGUGUCAAGCAACGUCUACAGGAGCGACCGGAAGACUUGAACGUGGCCGACUACGCAGGCAACACCCCUCUCCAGAUUGCUGCAAUUAACGGUUGUGAAGACAUUGUCAAACUCUUGAUCGAAGCAGGAUGUAACAUGGAUUGUGUAAACUAUGACAAAGACACACCAUUACUCGAUGCCGUGGACAAUGGUCAUUUGGAAGUUGUGAAGCUCCUGUUGGAUGCUGGCGUCAACCCCCGAAAAGCCAACGUGAAUGGAGAGGAACCCAUCGACCGAGUAACGGAAGAAACCGAUCAUGCCGAGGAGAUUCGGUCACUGCUGAUUUCUGCAAGGAAGAAGGCUGGUGACAGGAUGCGAACCUCGGAAGAACGCCACUCUCACCAUGAUCUUGAUGCGCGCGACUCUCAUGCGCCGGAUAGUCCACGGCGAUCACCGGCUGCACCAAGCGCGAGACGCAGCACAACAGGACGAGCCACAAAAACUCGAAAUGAUCUGCUUUACAUGCCGCUAGACGACAAAACGCUUCGACAAGCUGCCGGUCGUGGGGACGAGGAGACCGUUGCCCGCAUCUUGCAAGUAAAGGAGGGACUCGAUGACCCCGAGUCCAUGGUCGCUGCUGCCCGCGGCGGCCAUGAUCUUGUCCUCCAGUUGUUACUAGGCCUGGGAGGUGCUAACGCCGACCCCGGCCCUGUGGCGAGUCUUCCAGCUGGAUUCGCAACCCCUAUACUAGCGGCAAUUGGCCAGGAAAACCUCAAGGUGGUUCAGUUAUUACUGGAGCAACAGGGCUUCGAUCCGACAAGAAGGUUCAAGGGCGAAACCUACUACGAAAUUGCGUAUCAUCGCCAGGGCCCAAAUUGGAAGGAAGAGGAGAACAUAUUACGGGCUGCAUACGACGAAUAUAAGCGCGCGCACAAAGACGGCGCUUCCACGAAAUCUCCAGGUCGAAAGGAGCGCGAACGCGAGGAGAAGCGUACUAAGAGAGACGAAGCACGCGCAGACGCUAAGCGCGAACGCAAAUCUGGUUCCAAACUGGACACCAAGAGACGAUCCGAGUCCUUCUCGACCCACGGCGACGAGGAAACCCCUAAGCGCGGUCCUGGUCGGCCUCGCAAAGAAGAGAAGCUCCCAGUUGUGCCAAGUUCCGAUCGUGAAGCUUCACCGAGCGUCCAGUCCAAGCCUCCCAAGACAAAACGCGCAGAGUCAGACGCCGCGGCCGUGUCAUCUGAUGGCGAAUCCGCCAAGCCGCGCCGCAAGCUUGUCUCCAAAGGUGAACUUCGCGGCGAGAGAGACAAGAAGAGUCGAGUCUCAUCUGGCAAAGAGCCAACAAGUCCGAAAACCUCCCGCAAUGAUGAAACCGCAGAAAAGCAAAAACUUUCAGAGAAGUAUCAUGACAGAACGAAGGCGCUAAAGCGUGAACCCCCUCGGGAAAACGAGUCGACAUCUAAGAGGCAUCGCAAGAGCACAACACCUGAUCAUUCGGCCGACGCUGACAAGGAUGAAACUGAAAAUUCUGUGAAGCGUCGGCGCCUGGAAAAUGACGCGCCAGAGAAGAAGAGCAAGCGCUCCGCCCUAGAAGACAAGACGAAGAAGACGAACUCCAAGGGUAGGAGCGACGAGGACUCUGUCAACGACAAAAAGCCAAAAGAAUCGAAACGGCGGGAUUCCAACCGCUCUGCGUCAUCUGACAAAGUGAAAAUCAAGUCUGAGGAUGUUGACAUUGCUAUGACGGAGGCACCUAUCAAGGAACCGAGUGCUGAAAAGAUCGACGAGGCCGAAGUAGCCAGGAAGAAAGAGGAAGAGGAGGCUGCCAAGAAAGAGAAGAAGAGAGUCGAGGAGGAAGAAGCUCGACGCCGUGAGGAGGAAGCAGCUCGACGCCGUGAAGAGGAAGAGAAAGCCAAAGAAGAGGAGCGCCUGCGCCGCGAAGCUGAAGCUACACGAUUACGAGAAGAAGAACAGAAGAAGAAAAAGGAAGAGGAAGAGAGAAAACAGCGCGAAGAAGAGGAACGUCUGCAUCGCGAGCAGCUGGAACGUGAGGCCGCAGAGGCGAAAAGACAAGAAGAAGAAGAGGAGCGCAAGGAGCGUGAGCGCCGUCACCGCGAAGAAGUCGAACGCAAACGUGCUGCCCGUGAAGCAGAAGCCAGAAAGAUGCGCGAAGAAGAGGAACGCGCUCGGUUGGACAAGCUCCCGCCCUUGAUGCGUUGGCUCCAGACAUGCUCCAAUCCAAAACAAUCCAGCGUGGCGGAGAAGUUUCGUUUUAUGUCUGGUGUCCGCUACGACACUAUUCGACCCGCAGUCACCGGCACCCCUGAAGGUCGCGAACAAUGGGUACUCAACACACACGUUGCCUUGCUUCUUGGCGAAAAGGAUCUUGAUCUGUCUCGCUAUACAGCGUGGGAGCGCGCCCCUGUCUCCCAUCUGGCGAAGAUUACUCUUUGGCGGACCGAGUGGGAGCUCUACUCGUUAUUAUCCGAAAAAUAUUGGGACAUUGGCCAACAGCUGCCAGAUUACUAUAAUGGCGAAGACCCCGCUUCCAUGAGCUUUCAGACCAAGCAAAAACUGAAGCAAGCUGCAUGGGAGCGGUUCGCCGCCACACAAAUGUUCUUCGUCAAGUUGUCUGAGCUGCUUUACACUGUCUCCAAUAUGCCCCAUCUUCGCAACGUUAUGCUCGCCGUCGAGUAUCGUGAGCUUCUCGAGAGCGAGGCUCAGGUUGUGGGGUGGAAGGCGCCCCAGAAAUGGAAGCAAGAUCCCGGAGUGGACCGUUUCCAUGGCUUUGCGCCGCGGCAUAAAUACUAUCUCGGUGGCAACUUUGUGCGUGAAGAUACCCCGACGAAACAUUUGAUCAGCAGCACACCGUUUCCAGAAAAGCGAGUACCACGCCGCGGCCUAGUUCAAGUAUUCCCAGACGACCCAGAAUACGAGAAAUUGUGCCUCGAGCAAGGUCUGGAGCACCUCGUUAGGGGCCAAGCCAGCCCAUCGUUGCCAAACGGCGUGCACGCCUCCGCGAUUGAGUCUAAGCUCCUCAAUGGUACUAACGGUCAUGGGCACAACCACAUCGAGGCUCCCAGUGUCGCUGUUAAUGGCGGUUCUCACUGA